UUGUAUGUAAACUGAUUUGGAUUUCAACCUAAUAGUAGGCCUAAGUGAAGUGUUUAUUUUGCAGUGCGUGUUUGAUUGAUCUGCUCCAUAUUGAAUGGCCAGUUUCAGACCACAAUUCAUGACAACAUAAUUGGAAGUCAGCAUGGUCCCGUAAACGCACCGGUGUGCCAGAAGUGCGUGGAACAAAAGACGAAUAGGCUACGGAGAUAUUUAUUUCAUGAAGGGACAUGUGUUUGAUUCGGUUCUAUUUAUAGAGCCAACGCAACGCGCACAAGCAGCGAGAAGAGAGGAGAAGACGUGCACUCGGAUAUACUAUACCUAUCGACUUCUGUUGAUCAGGAUUUUGUCAAUAUUGCGACAUGCCUAGCGUCUUUCGCAAGGCAUACACAGGAAUCUCUUGGAACACUAACCUUGUGGUCUCCAUAUUGUUGUAUAUCUGAAUUGUGCAUUAUAAUGGGGCCUUUUGGCUGUCUUUGGGGUGUGGACUGCCUGGAGUGAUCAUCAUAAAUCCUUACUCGAUUUGAGAACAACCACAAAGAGCUGGAGAGGCAUAAAGUAGGUGAACGUUUUGGACAAGCAACUCAGAAGGAGAGAGGAUCUGCUACAGUCAUGAUUUUGACAGAGGACAUAGAGAUGGACCUGUUUUCCGUUAUAGGCACGUUUGCUGUGCCAAUAGCAGUAAUUCCGCAAUACCAACAGGAGACAACGAGACAACAACCUGAACACCCCCUAGUACCACUCCCUUUGGAGGAAGAUGAUAUAGGACCACCUAAACAGCAGAGGGAGACUGUUACACCUGUAAAGAUUGAGAAAGAAUCUAUACCAAGGAUUACAAAUAACACCUUUGAGAGCAUUGAGAUCGAAAUGGAGAUGUUUCCGCCCUCAGGCUUGACUGAAAGUGAUGUGGUGGAGAUCACUCCAGAUGACCCCUCUGUCAUGACCAGGACACCAGGACCAGUUGUCCCAGUCUCACCAGAACCAGAUGUCCCAGUCUCAACAGAACCGAGCCGACCAAGCAAACUGAAAUGGAGGAGAAUCACACCAGGGAAGACUUGUUUGGUGGUUAAAGAUGUGAUCUGCCUGCCACAAGGCCACUACCUGGCUCAGGAGGACAGGCACAGUGUCCCCAGAGGCCAGGAGAGGGACGAGCUCGCUGCCAUGGGCCUCAUCGCUAGGAUAACCAUAGACAACUCCUGGCUCCAUCAUGAAAUGGAGAGCCGCCUUGCCUCACUGUUCAGGAGCCGCUUCUUCAGUGGACGCGAACAAAGAUUCACCUUCACAUACCUUCAGUGUUUGCAGAGCUCUCGUGUGCUGUUUGUUCCAGACACCCCACCACAGUUCUCCUGGAGUGGGGAACAGGUGUUGCGGAUAGCAGGACAUGGCCCCCUUUAUAUUCUCAGUCACUAUGAUUUCAUGAGCUUUGAGAUAGAAUGUGAGUGGCCAACAAACAACACACCAGUAAUUAACAGUCAUGAUUUCUUGGUGGAUGACAAUGAGGAUGAGGAGGAGGAGGAGAGAAGUAUAGAGUCUCCCCUGCCUGUCACCACUGAUGAGGAGGUCAUUUCGGACCUGGUCACCAUCCUCCAAACAUACAGAGAACAAAACUCAAUGCCUGAAAUCCAAACACACAUGUAUGUGAGGCGGAGAGACAUCUUCAGAAGUGCACUCAAGGUGAUGAGGAAGAAGUCAUUCUCCAUCAAGACAACUCCUCUCUUCCACUUCCUAGGAGAGGAUGUUGAUGACUAUGAUGGCCCUUUGAGAGAGUUUUUCAGACUCAUCAUGUUAGAGUUGCAGGAGAGCGGUAUCCUGGAGGGUCGCCCGGGGCAUCUGUUGUUUGCCUACAACCAGGCUGCCCUGGAGGAGAGGAGGUACUACGCUGCAGGAGUCAUGGUGGCCUGGUCUCUGCUUCAUGAUGGUCCUGGACCAUGCUGCCUACACCAGUCCCUCUAUCAGCUCAUGUGUGGCCAAAGCCCUCCCCUGGAAGACUUCAACUGGAUGGACAUCUCUGAUGUGGAUGUACAGAUGAAACUGCAACAGGUCAAGAAUUGCACUAGCAUCCAGAGUUUGACUCCAACCCUGUGUGAAUGGAUUGUAGGUUGUGGAAUUCCUGAUAUCUACAAUGCUGAAAUCAAAGACAUGCCCUACAUCUAUACCUGGGUUUUAAGGCACUGCAUUUAUCACAGGGUGGCAAGCAUGAUCUCCCAGUUCACAGAGGGUCUGAACAGCUGUGGUGGCCUGUGGGAUAUCAUCAAGGCCCACUCUGCAGCCUUCAUGCCUGUCAUGACCAGGACAGAACACCCUCUCACCCUGCAACAGUUCAGAAGUCUGUUUGAGGUGUCAUGGAGUCCUCUGGAAUCAACCAUAGGCCUGAGACAAGCUGAGGAGACCACAGUCACUCCUGGGAGAGACUUCUGAUCAUGAUCAACGAACACCAGACUCCCUUGUCCUUUGGGAAUCUACUGGCCUUCAUCACAGGGGCGGAUCAGAUCCCUCCUUUGGGAUUCCUAAGAAAUCUCUGCAUCAGAUUCUACGACCAAGACCAGGGAAUGUUCAGUGUCCGUUUACCACAUGCCUCUACUUGUACUUUGGAGCUCUACCUUCCCCGAGGUAUGGCCAGUCCUGGUGGGUUGAAGGACAUGCUGACAAGAGCACUGCAAGAAUCUUUAGGAUUUGGAAACAUUUAUGCUGACAGUUCAGCUUUGAGCCAAUGAUCAAUCCAACAAAAAAUCAAUGUGGGAGGAAUCAAAGCUUGGUAAUGUUUGAUAGAUGAGGUAAUCAAUAAUGCAUGGUUUACCAGUCUCUGUGUUUUAUUUGUUCUGCAAAUUGUCAUUUUCUCCAUUACUAAUGAGAUUCUCAGCAAUGGGUACAGUACGUACUGAAUGAGAUUGCAAGAUAAGGGCGGAAUAUUAUUUCUGAUAUGCAGUUAAUAUGAAGGACAUUCAACUGAAUGUGUCAAUGUAAAAGGGUCUAGCACAUUUCCUUUUAAUCUGGAAGUUAUUUUACUUAAUAUUCUAUGUAUUCAUAUUUUAGAUAUGCUAAACUCAGUCAUUUUUGUCAAAAUGAAUUAAGACCAAGAUAGUGCCUAUUAAGUCAUCAACAAACAGUAUUUGGUAAUCAUUUGAAAAUAGAAUAACAAUACAUUGCUAAUUUUGAUUAUGACAAAAUUGAGAUGUAAUUAUGCAUUGUAGACAUCAUGUUAAUAUACAAAAUGUGACUUAAUAAAAUAUUUU